UAAAAGAAAAACUCUUUGCUUAUACUUUGAUUCCAAGUUUCCAAGUUUAUUCCAUUCCAUAUAGAUUUCCUUUAACUUUUUUCUCUUCUUCACUAUAUCCACAACCCCCACCAUUUCUAGCUGUCACUACAGAGCCAUAUUCAUAAACCACUGACACACACACAAGACAACUUCUUUAACUAGAGGUCAACGAGUCCUCCCAUGGCAGAAAUGCAGAUACAACAUCAAGAAGACCAUAACUAUAACCCUAAUCACAUCCCUCGCCCUAGCCCUAGCCCUAACCCUACCCAAUACACACAAUACCGUUUCCCUGGCAAAGUUCCCCACCACCAACACCAAGUCCACAACAUGGACAAAGCCACACCUUCUCGCUUCAAACCUAAUGCCCCCAAACGUCAACACUGCAUUUGCAUAACCGUUUUCCUCCUCUUACUCGGCAUCAUACUCCUCGUUCUCUGGCUGGCCUACCACCCUAACAAGCCGCGCUUCACGGUGGCCAGCGCCUCCGUCUACAGCCUCAACGCCACGUCGCCGCCACUAAUGUCCAUCGCCAUGCAGUUCAAUGUGGUAAUAAAAAACCCUAACAGGCGCGUCUCCAUUUCCUUUGACAGGCUCUCGGCCUACGUGUCCUACCGCAACCAGCCCGUGACGCCGCACGUCAUGCUUCCGCCGCUCUUCAUAGAGAAGAACAGCGCCGUGUCGCUGUCCCCGGAGAUCGGAGGAGUGGCGGUGCCGGUGUCGGAGGACUUGACCAAUGGACUGGCCAUGGACGAGAAUUAUGGGGUGGUGGGCGUGAAACUUGUGUUGUCCGGAAGGUUGAGGUGGAGAGCUGGUGACAUCAACUCUGCACAUUAUGGUUUCUAUGUCAAGUGUGAUGUUUUGAUGGGUUUGAGAAAAGGUUUUGUGGGUCAGGUUCCUCUUCUUGGAGCUCCAGUUUGUGAUGUCAAUACAUGAACCACUAUAUAUCUUACAAUUUGACCAUCCCGAUACAAAAACAUUAAUUAAACAUCAAACUAUAUAUAUAUAUAUAUAUGUAUAUAUUAUGCUUUUAUCUGAUUAAUAAACUACAAUCUGUGCAGGCAUGGAUGUGUGAUCUUAAUUAUUCCUACUACAUUUUAAUAUUUUUUGUCAAAAAUUAAACCAGAUAUUACAUAUAGAAAGCUGGAUUUUGUAUUUUGGGGACUUGGAUUUUGUGUUUGAGUGAUAUGUAAUAUGUAAAAGAAAAGUAGAGAUUUUGAUUAUUUGAAGUA